AUGAUUGGAGAGAUAGUCAUUGGUGGAAUUAUUGGAUGGGUUAUUUCUUAUUUCUUACCAUGUAAGGAAACAUUAUAUAAUAUCUAUUCACAAUUAUUUAAAGGAAUUACUAGAGCAACUGGUAUUCACAACGUCAUUCAAAAAGAAAUUAAAAAAUCAACAACUAGUAUGGGAGAAGCAUUACGUAUUAAAGAAUUUGAAAAUUACACAGAAAUCCCAGAAGUUGGAUAUUCAAAGGAAAAAAUGAUGGAACUUUUGAAAAAGUAUUUUGAAUAUGAUUCAAAAAAAAUUAAGACAAAACAUAUUUCAGGAUCAUUUUAUGCAGGUAAUUCAGAACGAAAUGAAGUUAUUGGAGAAGCUACAAAAUUAUUUAUUCUUUCAAAUCCACUUCAUGCUGAUAAUUGUCCAUCAGUAAGAAAAAUGGAAGCAGAAGUAAUUAGAAUGACUGCAAAUAUGCUUCAUGGUGAUGAAAACACAAGAGGAAUGUUAACAACUGGAGGAACAGAAAGUAUUAUUCUUUCUGAACGAGCACAUUAUCAAAAUGGUAUUAAAAACAAAGGUAUUGCUGCUGAAGAAUGUGAAAUUAUUAUGAGUGUUAAUGCACAUCCUGCAUGGUUAAAAGGAUGUGAAUUAAUGCACAUUAAACCAAUUAUUAUUUCUGCUGAUAAAAGAAAUGCAUUAGAUUUUGAAGAAGUACAAAAAAAAAUUAAUAAAAAUACAAUACUUGUUGUAUGUAGUGCACCAUCAUAUCCACAUGGAGUAAUUGAUGACAUUGAACGUAUAGCAACAUACUGUAAAUCAGUAAAUGUACCAGUUCAUGUUGAUGCAUGUCUUGGAGGAUUUUGUGAAGCAUGGGGAGAAGCAGCUGGAUUUAAUGUUCCAAUAUUUGAUUUUAGAAAUGAAGGGGUAAUGAGUAUUUCAUGUGAUACACAUAAAUAUGGGUAUGCACCAAAAGGAUCAUCUGUUUUAAUAUUCCGCAAUGAAGAAUUACGUAAUUUAGUUUUCUUCAAAUAUCCCAAAUGGACAGGUGGAUUAUAUUGUUCACCAUCAAUUCCAGGUAGUAGAGCAGGAAAUAAUAUUGCAGGUGCAUGGGCAUCAUUAUUAUUUACAGGAAAACAAGGAUAUAUUGAUGCUACACGAGGUAUUCUUACAACUUCAAAAAAUUUAAAGAAUGAAUUAAGUAAAAUGAGUAAUAUUAAAAUAUUAAAUGAUAUGGAACAAGAUACCCCAGUAGUUGCAUUUACUACAACUGACUUAAAUAUUUAUAAAGUUAGUGAUUGUAUGAAUAAAGAAUUUCAAUGGGAAUUUAAUACAUUACAAUUCCCUGCAGCUGUUCAUUUUUGUGUAACAGAAAAAACUAUUGGAUGUGAAAAACAAUUUAUAGAAGAUUUAAAUAAGGCACUAGAUAUCAUUAGAAAAGACCCAAAAAAUCCUAAAUAUAAUGUAUGGGCACCAGUCUAUGGAAUGACAUCAAGUCUUCCUGACAUUGAUACUCUUGAAGAUAUGGUGAGUCAAGUUAUUGCUCAAUAUUGUGAUGUUAUCUAA